UCCUUUAUUUUGAUAAUGGUGCUUUAUAAACAGUUCAUGCGGGUCAAAGUGAACUACCUAAGUUGAAAAGAGACAAAUUAGUUAGUGAGAAAGAAAGAAACCGAUUAAAAUGGAAGAUCCUGUUGAUAUUUUGAAAAAUGACAUUUAUGACUUAAUAUUCCAAAUAGAAACUGGGAUUUUAUCAAUCGAUGAUUUAGAGGUACUGGACGAAUUAGGCAAAACGUUGUAUGUCAGUGUCGAACUGGGCUUAUAUGAUGUAUGCGAAAAAUUAAUAAAAUUCAACUGUGAGAUUGAUUCUGUCGAUGAAAACGGGAGAACACCGUUGAUGUCAGCGUGUCAUAAUGGAAAUGUGAGAAUCGCAGAUUUACUUUUAAAAAAUGGAUCUAAUCCAGAGCAUAAAGAUGAAUUUGGAAAUACACCAUUGUUAUUAGCAAUAGAAAAUGGACAUAUAGAAUUAGUUGAAAUUUUGCUUAAAAAUGUAAAAAGUGCUUAUAGCGAGACCCUGUUAGGCCUGACAACACCUUUAGCUGUGGCGUCUUUUUGUGGUGAAAAUGAAAUCGUUGAAAUACUUUUACAGCGAUACCCAAAUACGUUGGAUCUUCCUGUUGAAAAAUCAGGAAUGACUCCUUUAAUGCUAGCGAUAUCAGCAGGACAUGUAGAAACGACCAAACUUCUUCUUAAACGCGGAGCGAGCACAGAAGUGAAAAAUUCAAACUUUCAAACUCCGUACGAUAUCGCUUGCGGUUUGAAUAUGGCCGAAAUGAAAAUAUUACUUACGCACCUUAAAAAACCGCCCAAAAUUGUAAUCCCUCCGGUCGAUUUGGUUAACUCUGUCGAAUUUAAAAUGCCGGACAGCGUGAGGCAUAGUAGACAUCCGUUGACGCCAAAUUUGGCAUUCUCUAUGUCCAAUCCUCUUCUGAACAUACCGAGAAUGGGGAGGUUGGAUACAGAAUCAAGGGAAUUUUCAAAUCAUAAUGUUAAAAGGAGAUCACGGUCUACUGAAAGCCAGAUGAAAGUCAAAAAAAGGAAAUCCGAUCCUGAAGAUAUUUUAGAAUUGAUUCUGAAUUAUUCAAAUAUAUCAGAGUGCAUUCCAAUAUUCAAUGAACAAGAGAUUGACUUAAAGGCAUUUUUAACUUUAGAUGAUGAAGAUUUGAUAAUGAUUGGCAUAGAGGACGAGACAACAAGAGCCAAAGUUUUAAAAGCCGUCCAACAUUAUAAGAGAAUAUUUUUAGUGUAAAUCUACUUGUUUUUUAUUUUUUUAAUAUUUUUUAAAGAUUUUUAAUAUUUAAUUGUUUUAAUGA